CAUAGUUUGCAUGUCCGAGAUCGCGCAGCUGACCAAUACGCGUGCGCUUGAUGCCGUUUCUUAUUGAUGGAUGAUCACGUGAUACGCAGUCGUGGUUAUUUCUUACCAAUUAACAUGAAACAAUAUUGAAACUAACAUCCGCUGGUUAUUUGAUGUCCAACAGCUUCACUUCCAAUGUGUUGUGGAGAUAUUCAGAAUAAGUGACGGAAAAAGACAGGCAGUUCUUGCCUGAAGCUAUAUUAAAAUUUUAUUGAAGUCAUUUUGUAUCAGUACUUGAGACAAGAUGUCUGAAAGGGGAAGAGGAAGAAGCCGUGGGCGUGCAGUACCACAAAAACAACCACAGCAAACAUCUCAACAGCUUCCACAUGCCCAAUCAUCAAGCCAAGAAGUUCGUAGACCAGGGCAAACAGUACUGCCUCAGGCUGGCAGUUCUUCAAGUGGCCGUGGCGUGACACAACGUGUUGGUGCAAAAGGUGACAGUACUGCAGUCAUGCAGAUAGGUCGGGGUGUUGAGAAGAUGACACUUCAACCUGGUGCCAGUGGAGAUGCUGGUCCCAGUGGAAUUGCUGGACCCAGUGGAAUUGCUGGACCCAGUGGAAUUGCUGGUGGAGGUAAUGGUGUUGCAGUCGUUGUCACAGGAAGAGGAGCAUCCCGGGGUAAAAGAAUUGUAUCAGCGGAUAUCUUUGUCACGAAACCAAGCCAUAUAAUAAACAAGAAGGGAGUGACUGGCAGCCCUAUUUCGAUAAGAGCAAAUUAUUUCAAGUUUAUUAGUAAGACUGAUUGGUGCGUUUACCAAUAUCAUGUCGAUUUCGCACCUGAAGAAGAUCGCACUGCUGUACGUAAAGGUUUACUUAGACUUCAUCAAGAAAAAAUCGGUGCAUACAUUUUCGAUGGUACUGUAAUGUACACGAGCAAUCGAUUACCCGAGCAAAUGGAGCUUCUAUCAACUCGACAAUCGGAUAAUACGCAUAUAAGAAUUACUGUUCGUGUUGUUGGUAGCAUCAUGCAAGGAGAUCCCCAUUAUAUUCAAUUCUUCAAUAUAAUAAUGAGAAAGUGUUUGGGCUACCUAAGGCUUCAAUUAGUCGGUCGUAAUUAUUACGAUGCCAUGAAUAAAGUGACCUUGCCGGAACAUAAAUUGGAAUUGUGGCCAGGAUAUUUAACAUCCAUCCGACAACAUGAACGUGAUAUCUUAUUGUGCGCCGAGAUAACGAGUAAAAUUAUGCGUCAAGAAACAUUGCUUGACAUUCUGAAUGAUUGUUACAGGAAUGAUAGCCGCAACUACCGAGCACAAUUUUCUGCCAUGGUGAUAGGAACAGUAGUUCUUACCGCUUACAAUAACAAUACAUACCGUAUUGAGGAUGUGGAUUAUUCAGCAAACCCUCGAGCAACAUUUCCUAUGAAAGACGGCAGAAUGAUAACAUAUAUUGAAUAUUACCGCACCAAAUACGACAUCAGAAUUACUAAUGCUAGUCAGCCGAUGCUUCUAACAAGAAAUAGACCGAGAGAUCGACAAGCCGACAGAGGAGACCCAGUUUAUUUAGUGCCUGAAUUAUGUUGUGCGACAGGUUUGACUGAUGCAAUGAGGGAAAAUUUCUCGGUUAUGCAGAGUCUAGCCCAAUAUACACGCGUUAAUCCUGACGUGCGUAUCGAAAAAUUAUUGUCGUUCAAUAGACGACUUCGCGAUCAGCCUCAAGUUAUGCAAGAACUCACUCAAUGGAACUUAAACUUAGAUCACAACUUGCUUCAAAUUGAUGCACGUGUCUUACCUCCCGAAAAACUUGUAUUUGGUGGAAAUGCAUUCAUUAUGCCUGAUAAAGGUGAAUGGUCUAGUCACAUGAAAAACAAACGGUGUUACAAUGUUACAGCAUUGAAAGAUUGGAUUUUUAUUGCCCCGGAAUUUCUUAAAAAACGUACAGGUGUAGGCGGUAUUCAGAACUUCGUGGAUGGUAUACUGAAAAUAUCACGUGGAAUAUCAUUCCAUGUAGAACAACCGGAAGUAUUAUGGAUCGGUGAUGAUAGACCAAGCGGGUAUAGUGAAUUCCUUGAAAGAAUUCUAUGCAAACGGAUACCACAGCUGAUAUUUUGCGUAGUAGCGAACAAUCGCAUUGAUCGUUAUUCGGCGAUCAAAAAAAAAUGCUGUGUGGAUCGGCCUGUAGCAUCUCAAGUUUAUUUGCAAAAGAAUUUGUCGCACAGGAAUCUUCAGUCCAUCACUACAAAAGUAGCGAUACAAAUGAAUUGUAAGUUAGGUGGAGCGCCUUGGCGCGUAGACAUUCCACUGGAUGGAUUAAUGGUCAUUGGAUUCGAUGUUUGCCACGAUACAGCAAACCCAAAUAAAGAUUUCGGUGCAAUGGUGGCAUCUUUAGACAAAGAUCUUACAAAAUACUACAGUUCAACCAACUUACAUUCAGACGGCGAUGAAUUAUCUCACAUGUUCUCCUUAAAUAUAUAUAAGGCCGCGAUGGCAUAUCAGGCGCAUAACAGGACUUUGCCCGCACGUAUACUGAUUUAUCGUGACGGCGUUGGCGAAGGUCAAGUGUCGCUAGUUUUGCAGCGGGAAAUCGUGGACUUACGGAAGAAACUUAACGAGCUUUAUGGUGGCGAGAAAUAUAGAAUGUCAUUCAUAAUUGUGACAAAACGUGUUAAUACUCGAUUCUUCUUCAAUAAGCAGAAUCCACCGACGGGUACGGUGGUUGAUGAUGUCGUCACAAGUCCGAUCAAAUACGAUUUCUUUAUUGUGUCACAGCAAGUAAGGAAUGGCACAGUAACACCAACUUUAUAUAGCGUUAUUUAUGAUAAUAUCAAUUUAGAUCCGGACAAGAUGCAACGUCUUACAUAUAAACUAACCCAUAUGUAUUUUAAUUGCACUAACACUGUCCGAGUACCGGCACCUUGCCAUUAUGCUCAUAAGCUGGCGUUUUUAGUGAGUAAAUAUAUUCACCAAUCGCCAGACUCCCAACUGGAAAAGACAUUAUACUUUUUAUAAUUACUUGUAUUUUUUUGUUCCUUUUAGAUGUUUUUGCAAAUUCAUUUAUUUUAUAUAUCUACAAAUUGCAAAAAAUCUUAAGCUUUUCUCGUAAUUUUUGUUUAAUUUUUAUCUCCCACAAUAACAGUAAAACAUGAUUAAUAAUCAUAUUAAAUUGUAUGAUUCUACAAGACAUCAGAUAUUUUGAUAAUUUUUAAGUUUAUUCAUUCUGUUUUGCGCUUUACCCUACAGUUAACAUGUAUCACUUCUCAAGAUCGUAGUAAUGUAAAUCUGUGUCUAAAUCUAUUGAUUUGUACUGAUGAUUUAUAUAACAGGACAAAAUUUCACAAACAUAUAGUUAAAGUUUAUUAUAUGCAUAAGAAAAUUUCUUCGUCGAUAGUGUGCACUGAUAGAAAAAUAUACAUUUGUAUG